AUGUCAUCAUCUUCAUUCACCCAGAUAAGGUCACAAGCACUUAACUUAGAGAAGCAAACAGAAUCGCUCUUGGCCAGAUAUUCCCAAUUUCAAAACCAGCUAUCACAAUCGUUAGAAAGCACGCAAGACGAAGAAUCAAUUAAACAACAAAUUAUUGAUACGUUAUCUAAACGUGAUGCUACAAUUGCCAAACUCAACCGGAUCAGUGAAUCGGCGACUACCGAAUUAAGUACUUCCAAAUUGCAACAAAUUACUCGUCAUGAACAAAUUUUACACGACCACAAGAAUUCAUUCCAGCGUAUAGAAUCGACCUUGACUGAGGAGCGAAAUCGGAAUAAUUUGCUCUUUACUGUUCAAUCAGAUAUAUCCAACCACAAGAGACGCAAUGCUCCUGCCAAUCCAUUAGACACGGAUCCGGAUUCGUAUAUCCUUGAAGAAAGCCAACGGGCCGACAAUGUCAAUUCCAUAGCCGACAGGCUAUUGCAAAGUGCAUACAAUACUCGUGAUGAAUUGAUUAAUCAACGUCAGUAUUUGCAAAAUGCCCAGCUGUCGAUUUUAGGCACAAUACAGAAUGUUCCGGGUAUAAAUGUUUUGAUUCUGAAGAUUAAUUCGAGGCGGAAAAGAGACACGUUAAUAUUGGCCACUGUCAUUGCUGUUUCUUCCCAGUCCAAAUACGACCCAUUUCUACCCAAUAUGAAUGACCAAGUUGAAAAACAAAUACAACUAAUCAAGUUGAAAAGAAUUCAAGAAUUGAAUAGUCGGCUCAAGGAGACAUUGAAAAGAGAAAGAAUACCAGCUUCAAGAGCAUGUGAAUUGUAUGUUGAUUUUCGUAAAUCUUCCCUGUUCACUCAAGCAAUACUAACCUUUGUUUCUAGAAUCAUCAACUAUGUUGAAGAAACUCCUGAUUAUCUCAUUCCUUACAAUUGGAAAUUGCCCACUGAUCAGAACAAAUUUGCCAGCUUUAAUUCAUUCAGGCAUACACGCCAAGCCCAGCAGCAAUCACUCGGCUGUUGUAUAAUUAUGUGA